AUGGCAGCACAAGUAGCAAAUUUACCAAGUUUAAUAAUCGGUCGAGUAUUAACUAAGAGUAAUACAACAACAGCUAUUGUCAGAGUAUUACAAAUGCAACUUGACGAUAAAUUCGAUAUGUUUUUUAAUCAGCGCAUUGAUUAUAAAGCAUUUGAUAAACGUGAAAAAACAAAAGUCGGCGAUAUAGUUCUAUUGAAAAAGCGGCCAACCCUCGACUGUCGCUAUCCAUUAGAACGUUAUGAAAUAAGUGAAAUCGUUUAUGAACUCGGCCGUAUCAAAGAUCCUUUAACUGGACGACCAUGUAAUGGUUUAAGAUAUCUCGACGAAUCUUUUGUUGCCAAGGAACGUGAAGAUCAAUUAAAACGAUCAGUUCCAACUACAUUGAAUGCGCUACCAAAUAAAUAG